AUGAAUGAAUUUGAAGAAAAAGAAGAUGAAUUUUUUCUGAACGUUUUCAGGGGAGGACCAGGAAAACACUUUUGUUCAGAAAAUGAAAAUUUCUUUUUAGAAACAAAUACACUUGAAAAUAAUAUACGUAAUGAACUUUUAAAAAAUAUAGAGAACCCAUGUUUUUUAUCAAAACUUUCUGAAUUAAAAAAUAAGUUGUUAUAUGAUUUCUGUGUUACAAAAAAAGAAGAAAUUCAAAAUAAAAUUUGGAAAAAUAUUGAAAAUGCUGUUAAUAAUUUAACUGAUGAAGAUGCUAUCAACGUAUAUGAAAGUAUAAACAAAUCUCAAACAAAAUACGAUGAUAGUUCUUUUUUAGGAUAUAUAAAUAUACAUAAUACUAAUACAACAAGUAAACAUGGAGUUGUUGCAAACAGUUUAGUAAGGGACAUUGAUAAGGAUGGAAAAACAAAUAAUAUGAAAUCAGGUUUACCUCAAAAUGUAGACCUAGAGGAAAUAUUAUGGAAUAAAAUUAAUAUAAAUAAAUAUAAUAAUAUAGAUGAAAUAAAUAAAAAUAUAAAUAUGUUAUGGGAUAUAUACAUAAAUUAUAAUCUUUUAAAUUUAAAUAAAUGUAAAAAUAAAGAAAUAGUAAGAGAUAUAUUAACAAGUUUAAUAAAAAAAGAUACCCAUUUAAUGAACAUGGUUUCAGGGAAUAAUAAAAUUAGCUUGGCUAAUAUUUUAAAUAUAUAUAAAAGAGAGAAAACAAAAAAUAAACAAAUAAAUAGUCCAACAUUACGCAGUGAGACAGAGAUACAAAGUGAAAACCAGGAAGAUCCUCAAAAUGAAAAUCACCCCGAUGUAUUUUCUAAUCCAACCAUUGAUCAAAGUACAAACUAUCAAAAUGAAACACAAACCGAUUUAAAGAAGGAAGAAAAUGGAGAUACAAAAACAAGCGAGUAUAAUAACGUGCCUGAAAAAGAUGACCAUGAACAAAUAAAUGAUAAUACAAAUUUAUAUGAAGGAAAAGAAAAUGAAGGGAAAGAAAAGUUGCCUUCCUUUUUUUCUUCAAUGGACGAUUCAAAUGCAAUUUUAAAAAUAAAAAAAGAUAUUAUAAAAAAAAUUAAAUUAAAAUCAAUGAAAAAUGAAAUAAAAAAUGAAAGCAAUUUAAUACAUGAAUUAUUAUUAUAUUCUAUAAAAGGUGAAAUACAAAUGAAAGUAAAAAAUAUUGUUAAAGUCCAUCAAGUGGGUCAAGGUGCCUAUGGUGAUGUAUGGAUGGCUGAAGAUAUAGAAAAUAAUAAAAGAAUUGCUUUAAAAAAAUUAAAAUUAAAUGGAAGUAAAGAAGGUUUAGCUAAAACUUAUAUAAGAGAAAUAUCUAUACUUAAUUCUUUACAACAUAAAAAUGUUGUUGAACUUAUUGGCGUUAUUCGUACGAGUAUUAUACCCGAAGAAAUCAAAUCAACUGAUGCACUACACAAUUUUGAAAAAAACAACCAACAUUUAGAUGUAAAAGAUAAAUCCCGAGAUUCCCAUGUGGUACCGAAUAGGGCUUUAAAAAAAAAGCUAGCGAAGGACAGGUCCGCGUGGGGAAGCAGCUCGUGCAAAAGUUGCAAUAGCUCCGAAAGUUCUGACAGUUCUAACACUUCUAACAGUUCUGAUAGCUCUGAUGAACUUUCUUGUGACAGCAACUCUCGAUUAUUGAGCACGAAGGAUUUGUUAGAAAAAAAGGAAAAUCCAUGCGCUUCUAUAUGGAUGGUUUUUGAGUAUGUGCCAUUUGAUUUAUCUGGGUAUAGUGAACUACUACGAGAAGAAAGACAACAAAAAGAUCGAUAUAAAAAUAUGAAUUUAUUUACAAUAGGAGAAGUAAAAAAUAUAAUGUUACAAUUAUUUCAAGCAUUAGAAUAUUGUCAUAAAAAUAAUGUAAUACAUAGAGAUAUAAAAAUAGCAAAUUUAUUAAUGGAUGCAAAUGGUAUAUUGAAGUUAGCUGAUUUUGGAUUAGCUAGAUAUCAUAUAGAUAGUCUUGCAUCUAACAUGACAAAUAGAGUUAUCACUUUAUGGUAUAGACCACCUGAAUUAUUAUUAGGUUCAGAAAAUUAUUCAUCGAAUGUAGAUAUGUGGAGUUGUGGAUGUGUAUUAGCAGAAUUAUUAACAAGUAAUCCUUUAUUUACUGCAGACAAUGAAUCAGAUAUUCUAAAAACUAUAGUAAAUAAAAUAGGACUACCAAAUAAUAAUGAUUAUAAAUUUUUGAAAAGGUUGCCAUUAUGGAAUAAAGUACAAUUUAAUCCAAUACAUCCAAAUAAUAUAAAUAAUCUAACUCAAACUAAAAAAAUAGAAACAGAAAAUAUUAUUAAAAAUUUACAUGGAGUCGGAGAAUUAGGAUUAGAUUUAUUUAAAAAACUUUUAAAAUGGGAUCCCUUAGAAAGAAUAUCAGCACAUGAUGCAUUAAAUCAUCCAUGGUUUAAAACUCAUCCUUUACCUGAACCCAUUCAACAAAGAUGUAACAUUAAAGCUGCUCAUAGUUUUAUGACAAAAAGUUAUAAAAAAAGAGAUGCCCCAAAAAUGAAUUUAAAAAAAAAAAUACAAGAAAAUUUUAGAUUCAUAAAUGUUGGAAAAUACAGAAAAUUAUAUUUUAUUAACAAACAUACUGAUAGAAUUCCUCAACCGUUGGAUUCUCAAAUGGCCCACUCCCUCCCACCAGAUAACGACCCUCAGGAAAUAAAAAACAGAUACACUACCAACGAAAUCGAACAUAAGAUUGGAAAGGAAAGCAAAAUAAAUGCAGAACAAAAAUUAGAUAAUAUAGGUCGAGUACAAGAAAAUAGCCAAACAAAUCAAGUCGAUGCUAAAAUAUUAUCUAAUUAUGUAGAUAACUUUGAAAACAAAAAUAUUAAAAAAGAAAAUCAUAUUCCAGAUACAGAAAUAAUUAGUAAAGAAGAUGGAUAUACAUCCAAAAAAUAUGAUAAAGGCUCACAAAAUGGGUACGAAAAUAAGUAUGAAAAUAAAUAUGAAAAUAAAUAUAAAAAUGCAGAUAAACAAAGUAAAUAUAUGAGCAAACAUCAAACUGAUAAUAAAAAAUAUUACGAUGACUUAGAAAAGAGAAAACCAUCUGAGGAUUAUCGAACUGGCUAUGAUUCAAAUAGUCAGUGGGGAAAAGGAAGUUAUAUUUCCAAAGACAGACGAAGUAGGGAAAGAAGAAGUAGAGAGAGGUGGAGUAGAGAUAGACGAAGUAGAGACAGAUGGAGUAGAGAUAGACGAAGUAGAGACAGAUGGAGUAGAGACAGAAGAAGUAGAGAUAGAUGGAGUCGGGAUAGACGAAGUCGAGAUCGAUGGAGCAGGGACAGACAAAGUAGGGAUAGGUGGAGCCGGGACAGCCGAAGCAGAGAAAGGACCUGGUACAGAAAGGACUAUUGGAAGAGAGACGAGCACAAAAGGGAUUACCGAGAUAGAGACAGAGACCGAGACAGAUAUCGAGGACGAUACGAUGAUCGGUAUGGUGGUCGGUAUGACAGACGUGACGACCGGUAUGACGAUAGACGUGAUGAACGACGACGAAGUAGCAAUAGGGAGAAGGAUAGAGGACGAGGGAAAAAGAGAGAGUAUGAAAAAGAGAAUGAAAUUAAUAGAUCGGAAGAAUUUAAAAAGGAAAGAAAAGGAGAAAAAGAUGUUGACAAGCGAAGUAGUGGUAAAGAAAAAAAAAGAAAUACAGAAAAAGAAGAUAAAAACAAAAAACAAAAAAUAGAUUCAGAAAAUGUUAAAGAUGAAAAAAAAUAA